AUGCUGGCUUUUGACAUCACGCAGUUCUUCCCUUCUAUCAACCAUGAGAUGUUCAUGGCUGUACUUCGCAAGCAAGGGUUCUCGCCGGUUGUGGUGGAGUUCUUUGCCUCUUAUCUUGUUGGUCGUUCCACAGUCUACUGCUGGAACACCUUCCAAUCUGACUCGCAGUCUGCGGACAUGGGUGUCGGACAGGGCUCAGCUCUCUCGCCUGUUAUCUCUGGGCUGUUCAUUGCUCCGGUAAUGAAGCUCUUCUAUACCAAAGCGGCGGCGCUCAACACGACACUGCUUUCCUUUGUGGAUGACGGGACCAUUCUGGCCCAAUCCAAACAACUCGAUGAUAAUAAUGUGGGCCUGCAUAAGGCCUACAAAAUUAUCUACCUUCUCUUUGUUGCUUUCACACUUGUUCUUGAACACGACAAGACCGAGCUGUUCCACUUUUCGUGUCGACGAGACGCCUACAAUCCCUCGCUGGAUUUGGGGUACUCCCCACAUACCGGUGCUACACCUUUGAAGCCCAAGACCUAUUGGAGGUACUUGGGUUUCUACUUUGACCGUGGGCUCACGUUUCAUGAGCACGUUCGCUACUACGCCACCAAGGCGUUCACCACCGUGCAGGCCAUGCGCAUGCUCGGAAACUCUACUAGAGGUCUCUCGCCUAAACAGCACCGCCUCUUAUAUCGGUCAUGUGUGGUUCCCAUUGCCACAUACGGUUAUCAUCUCUGGUAUUUCGACGGCGCCCGCAAUAAGGGCGUGAUGAACCAGUUGAAACGGAUGCAGCGAAAAGCUGCUCUAUGGAUCACCGGUGCCUUCUGCACCUCACCCACAGGCGGUCUUGAGGCCCUCGCUGGACUAAUCCCUGUUCAUCUCAUGCUGAAGAAGCUGGCGACACGUGCAGUGUAUCGCGUCGCUACCCUCUCAGACACUCACCCUCUUCACUUCAUGAUGGGCGAGGGGCUUCUCAAACGGGCUGAACCUCACGCCCACUCUGCCAUGUUGAUGACCCCGGCUAUGCAGGGGAAAGUCAAGAGCACCGUCAUGGAGGUGGACAAGCGCGUCCACACCUUAACUGAGAGCUUCGAGCCCUUUGCGCCUGAAGCUCGCCCAGGCGAUUGGUUACUGGACCGCUAUGCGGACCGUCUCCACUUUGACAAGUGUGAUCCCACUCAGGAUAGGCACCCAUACCUUGAUGAGCUCAUCGCGAAAGCGAGGGCCAACCCACUAACAGUACUGGCUGCAACUGAUGGCUCUGUCCCUCAGUCCAACCAGUAUCAGGUGGCUUCGGCUGCCAUCAUCUACAAGGGACAUCGCAAGCUCGAGAGGACUCGCUAUGUCUCUGGCAGAGUUACCGCCCCUGAUGUGGAACUCAAUGCCAUCUUGUGUGCAGUGCGCCUUGCUGUCAAGCAGGCAAACUGCCAACAUAUCAUGGUCUUUACUGAUUCUAUGGGCUCGGCCCAUAAAGCAGUGGACCCUUCCGUGCAUUCUGGUCAGGCUUUUAGCUUGUCAGUUUGUCGCGCUCUCCAAGAGUGGUUCAAAGCGGAUGACCUCUGCCGCAUCACCUUCGUCCAGUACUUUAUGGUCCCCCACAGAGUGCUAUAG